UUAAUUUAUUAAAGUAUUGAGAGAUACAUGUAAGCAAUCAGAGACAUGAUCACGCUGCACACAUGAGAUGUAGAAUCGGCCACUCAAGACUUACACACACAUUUAUUGAACAGGGAAGAGAAACCUAUGUGUAACUUGUGUGAGAAUAUUGUGAUGGUAAAACAUAUUUGAACAGAAUGUAUAUGUUUAAAUGAUAUUAGAGAAUGUUUUUAUUCAGGAAAUAUUUGAAGGCAAAUGUUUAAAAAUGUGUUUUCUGGAGGAAUUUUACAAUAUUUAUCAUUGAUCAGACUGAAAGAGCUUAUAAGACUUUAUCAGUGUUGCUGUUAUUUGUGUGUUUUUAACUGAUUAAUGAUGUUUCAGAAACACUUAUGAUUGUCAAUUAUAUAUUGAAUAUUUAAUACAAGUGUUGUCAUGAAUAUAGCCAGUGCUGCUGAUGUGGCAUUAAAACAUAAAUAUAAAUGAACAGAAUGUUAAUUUGAAUAAUUAUCUCCUCCUCCAGUGAAGCUCCUCCUCCUCCAGUGAAGCUCCUCCUCCUCAAGUGAAGCUCCUCCUCCAAUUAAGCCCCUCCUCCACCAGUGAAACUCCUCCUCCUCCAGUUCAGCUAUAAACACUGGAAUAUUCCCAUCAGGCUCCAGUGAAGAGUUGAUUGAAGGACAGCGAGAACAUGAGUGAUCCAGAACCCUGCAGAAUUAAACAUGAAGACACUGAACAACAAAUAGACCUAAUUGAAGAGUAUGAGGAGAUUAAAGAGGAGGAACAUCAUGUCAAAAUUGAGGAAAGUCAUUUACAGACUGAUGGUAUUUUGAAAAGGAGAGGCAAGAAUUGUUUUACCUGCACUCAGUGUGGAAGGAGUUUAAGAAGAAAUAGCAGCCUUAAGAAUCACAUGAGAAUCCACACUGGAGAAAAACCAUUCACAUGCACUCACUGUGGCAAGAGUUUCAGCCAAUCAACAUCCCUUUAUAGACACAUGAAAAUCCACACUGGAGAGAAACCAUUCACAUGCACUCUGUGUGGGAAGAGUUUCAUACAAUCAUCAGACCUUAAUCAACACAUGAAGAUCCACACCGGAGAGAAACCAUUCACAUGCACUCAGUGCGGGAAGAGUUUCUGCCAAUCAUCAUCCUUUAAUCAACACAUGAUGAUCCACACUGGACAGAAACAGUUCACAUGCACUCAGUGUGGGAAGAGUUUUAUACAAUUGUCAAACCUUAAUCAACACAUGAAGAUCCACACUGGAGAGAAACCAUUUACAUGCACUCAGUGUGGAAGGAGUUUCAGCCAAUCAUCACACCUUAAUAAACACAUGAAGAUCCACACCGGAGAGAAACCAUUCACCUGCACUCAGUGUGGGAAGAGUUUUAUACAAUUAUCGAACCUUAAUAAACACAUGAUCAUCCACACUUGAGAGAAACCAUAGACAAAAUCGGUGUCAAUUAGGGAUGCUCAUAACCGAAAGUAUGCAUUUUAACCGAUUAAUGGUAUUAGUUAAAACCAUUAAAAGUUAAUCGUAUUUUUGAUGUUUUGCUGCAGAAAUAUGCAACGCAUAUUUGUUAAUUGUGGAGCGUUUGCAGGUGCAACCACACUUGCCUACAGACGAAUUUUGUCAAAAUAAAACGAAAAGAAGGAUAUUGCUUGCCACAGUUUUGAGUUGACGGCCAAACCAGCGCUGAUGCUGAUCACCUCUGUCCUGGAUCUGCAUCAUAAACACCUCCGUUUCUUUGCACAAGUGGAGAAAGAAGCCGCAAAGGCAAAACCUUCUGAAAUGUGCUCUGCUUUGGAAAUGGCCACAAGUUUUUUUUUUUGUUUUUUUUAUGACAAAACAACCAACCUUUUUUUUUCCAAUGGAUAAUUACAGUUAUUAAUAAUCCUUAUAAAAGUCCAUAUAUAAAAUAGCCCACAUAAUUUGAAUAAAACAAAUCCUGAUUAAUUUAAAUGAUUUUUGCAGAUGGAAACUCAUCACCAACCUGAGACUUUCAUUUUAUAGCUAUAUUUAAUGCAAUACUUUAUUUAAAAACAAAAUUAUUAAAUGCCAUAGUAGCCUAUAUUUUGAAUAUACAGUGCAUCUGGAAAGUAUUGAUAGCGCUUUACUUUUUCCACAUUUGUUUAUGUUACAGCCUUAUUCCAAAAUGGAUUAAAUUGAUUUAUUUCCUUAACAUUCUAUACACAAUUCCCCAUAAUGACAAUGUGAAAAAGAGUUUUUUUAAAUUGUUGCAAGUUUAUUAAAAAUUAAGCUCUGAAAAAAAUCACAUGUACAUCAGCGUUCACAGGCUUUGGCGUGAAGCUCUAAAAUUAGCUUAGGUCCAUUCUGUCCACUGAUCAUUCUUGAGAUGUUUCAGCAGCUUCAUUGGAGUUCACCUGUGGUCAAUUCACAUGAUUGGACAUGAUCUGAAAAGGCAUACACCUGUCUAUAUAAGGGCCCAGGGUUGACAGUGCAUGUCAAAGCACAAACCAAGCAUGAAGACAAAGGAAUUGUCUGUAGACCUCAGAGACAGGAUUGUCUGGAGGCACAAGGCUGGGGAAGCCUACAGAAACAUUUCUGCUGCUCUGAAAGUUCCAAUGAGCACAGCGGCCUCCAUCAUCCGUAAGUGGAAGAUGUUUGACCACCAGGACUCUUCCUAGAACUGGCCGGCCAUCUAAGCUGAGUGAUCAGGGGAGAAGGGCCUUAGUCAGAGAGGUGAUGAUCAAUAACCUGAUGGUCACUCUGUCUGAGCUCCAAUGUUCUUCUGUAGAGAGAGGAGAACCUUACAGAAGGACAACCAUCUGUGCAGCAAUCCACCAAUCAGGCCUGUAUGGUAGAGUGGCCAGACGGAAGACACUCCCCGCCUGGAGUUUGCCAAAAGGCAUCUGAAGGACUCUCAGACCAUCAGAAACUAAACUCUCUGCUCUGAUGAGACUCAAACUGAACUCUUUGCUCUGAGACUCGAAUUCAACCCUUUGGAGUGAACGCCAGGCAUUACAUUUGGAGAAAACCAGGCAGCGCUCAUCACCAGGCUAAUACCAUCCCUACAGUGAAGUAUGGUGGUGGCAGCAUCAUGCUGUGGGGAUGUUUUUCAGCAGCAGGAACUGGGAGACUAGUCAGGAUAGAGGGAAAGAUGAAUGCAGCGAUGUACAGAGACAUCCUGAAUGAAGACCUGCUUCAGAGUGCUCUUGACCUCAGACUGGGGCGACGGUUCAUCUUCCAGCAGGACAAUGACCCAGAGAACACCGCCAGAAGUAUCAAUGGAGUGGCUUCACAACAACUCUUUAAAUGUCCUUGAGUGGCCCAGCCAGAGCCCAGACCUAAAUCCUAUUGAACAUCUCUGAAAAUGGCUGUACAUUGUCGCAUCCCAUGCAACCUGAUGGCGCUUGAGAGGUCCCAAAGACCGGUGUGCCAAGCUUGUGGCAUCAUAUUCAAGAAGACUUGAGGCUGUAAUCGCUGCCAAAGGUGCAUCAACAAAGUAUUGAGCAAAGGCUGUGAAUACUGAUGUACAUGUGAUUGUACUACUUUUUAUUUUUAAUAAAUUUGCAACAAUUUCAAAAACUCUUUUUUCACAGUUUCAUUAUGGGGGAUUGUGUGUAGAAUGAGGAAAUAAAUCAAUUUAAUCCAUUUUGGAAUAAAGCUGUAACAUAAACAAAUGUGGAAAAAGUGAAGUGCUAUCAAUACUUUCCAAAUGCACUGUAAGUCAACACACAGUGGGUACGAAAAGUAUUCAGCCUAGUCUUUUACUAAAUACUGAGGAAAAAAGGGUCUGAAUACUUGGGACCAUGUGAUACUUCCGUUUUAAUAAAUCUGCAAAAAUCUCAACAUUUCUGUGUUUUUCUGUCAAUAUAGGCUGCUGUGUGUACAUUGAGGAAAAAAAUUACUUAAAUGAUUUGAGCAAAUAUACCUUUAACCUUGUAGUUAAAGUGUUGUUGUGAUUAUAUCCUAAGUUCUUCAUCUUCAUUAUUAUCCCUAGACAUUUGUUGGUUGCUUUGAUUGUUCUACG